GCCAUGGUGUCGGUUGAUGGCGCGAGCGCUACUCUGCUGGCGUCGCGACCCGCAACGCCGAUUGCACAAUUAAAUCCUGAUUUGCCAGAUCAACCAUCUCGCGUCGUUCGGGGCGAGGUCACAAUUACAUGGCCCUACAGUACCGUCACCAAGACGCUUGCCUUCCUGCUCGCCGAACCAGACGUGCGCCUCCGCCGUGCCAAGGGCCAGGUCCGGAUCGAGCUUCGGGGCCCGAGUGCGAAAGCACUUUCUGCGUGUAACCUCGGGGCGGGCGACGAGAUACUCUGCAGUCUUGAUGGCGUGGAAUGGGCCAAGGAUAAUUCGCCAGGCCGCAUCCCUGGCGCGAGACUGGACUGGCAACUGCAGUUCAACGAACGACUCCUUCUACAGGUCAAAUCCGAAGAAUCGAACGAGGUGAAGCACAUCGACAUUGACCAUCCUGCAGCCGACCCCCCGGCCGAACCAGCGCCUGAGGUCCGCGCGACUACGCCUGACCCAGUUCCGGCUGUCACUAAUGUACAUGCCACCGUUCGAAAGAUAUCAGAUUUCCCACCCAACGAGUAUCCCUCGCCGGCAUUCGUCAAAAGGGCGAGACUCUCAUACGGCGCCUUGUUUGAGGGCGGUUUCGAUAUCUUCGAAGAGGAUGGCGGAGUCAAGGGCAAGGGUCGCAAGAGAACCCGUUUUGGGCGAGAUAGCAACGCCUGGCGCUACACCAGCCAGUCACCGAGUCCCGAGCCUGCUUCACCUGUUUAUGAUAUGGCGGAUGAAGACAUGCCAGACCAUUCGGCAGCUCAAGCUUCGCCGAAACCAGAGAUGAUGGACGAGGGUUGCCAGACCAUGGAGGUCUCAACUCCUGAGGCUGUCUCAGCACAGGUUGGUGCGAAUGCGUCUACUUCUGGUGUUUCGCAGCAAGUGGCUACGCCUCCCCCGCCUGAGAGCCCGAUCGCCCCUGAGGAGGACUCGGCCGACUUAGCUCAACAGGAUCAGGCUCAUAUCCCCGAGCGGGAAUCUGCCUCCAUUAAGCCAGUUCGCAGAGACCGAUCUGUGCCUAGUGAAUCUGAGAGGCUGGAUUCAGCUUCGCAUGAGGAAUCUCAUCCUUCGGCUCAAAUAGCGUCGCUGAGGCAAUCAAAAGAUCCAUCAGCACAGGAUCAGACUACUCAUGUCACAGGAGCCGAGCUGCCACAGCCGAAUCUCUCGCCUACAAAGAACUCCGAGACUUAUUCAGCCACCCUUUUUGGCAAUUCGAAGCCAUCAGGCUCGAGUUUCUCCAUGUUCGGCACAGGCGUGCCAUCGAGCACUGAGUCAACGCUGAGCAUCGCAGAUCAAGUUCGAUUCGGAUUCUCUCACAACCCACAAAUUACACAUGCCCCAAUUGCUCUGACGAACGACGCUGCCCAUGAAAAUGACAACAGGGAGCACGAGGCUUACCCAGAGUCCUACCUUGACAACCAGCCCGCUCCCGCUAAGAUUGCUGAUAUGACGAGCUACGCAAAUGCGGCAGACGGACAUUCCGAAUACACGGCGCCUGAUCAGGACAUGGCCCCUGAGCCUCCUGCAGUACAGCAUUUUCGUGAAGGCCAAUGGGAAGUGUCGACUCAAAACGCCUACUACAAUCCGGUUGAGGGGGGUCACUUCGGAGCCGAUACGCUGAAUGAGGGAACGGUGAUUAGUGAUGGGCAAGCUUCCCUUGAUGCAGACAAAGUUACUCCCAGGAACGUGCCGGCAGGCUUUGCUAGUUACGGCCGUGAGGAGGCUUUUGGAGGUCCUCUAAAAGAGCCUCCACAAGAUCAGAACGCCGUGGAGAAUGGGGAGACGACCCAUGCAGCCGAGGGCAGUGAUCGCGGUGGGGAAGAGGAGGAUGCUGCAUACGACAAGUAUGCAUACGGCGGACGAAUCCAACAGGGUGACUACGACCAACGCCACUAUGAUAUUCCGUCCGACGACGACGAGGGUCUUUCGGAGGAGGAGGAUGAGGCAGAGCAGGAAGCAAGGGAUCGCUAUGGAUACAGCGAGACCUAUGACGAGGAUGGGGAAGGGGAAUAUUGGGAUGAGGAGGAAGAAGGAUAUGAUGAAAGUGAGGACGAGGAGGACGAGCACGAGCACGACGAGGGAAGCCAUCUGUCGCAAUCCCUUAGGAAACCAACCGCUCCAGCACAAUCGAGUGGGCCGGUCGUUAUCAGCUUGCUUUCUGACUCCGAGGAAGACGAUGAACCGGUCCCUGGACCCAGAAAACCCUCGCCUGCUACCGAGACACAUCCAGCACAGCGAUCCCCGAAACGUUCAACUAGUCCACCGGAUGCUACCAGUUCAAGGCAUCGAGGUUCCCCGGAUAUGGUGGAGUCCGAGAAGCGGGACACUAGUGGCUUCGGCGCCGGGCAUGGACAGCCUGCCACUGACAUUUUCGCCCAGACUCAAGUAAUUGACUUCGGGAGUUUUGAUCGUGUCAAUGCUCAGCCGAGAUCACCGAAAGCAGAAACAGAUAGCCCUUCAGAAGCGUCCCGAUCUACCAGCCAAGCCAGUUACUCAUUCGAAGAAGUCGAGAGUCGCCCUUAUUUCCGCAACGUAGAUGCCGAGCGUGCAUCAAGCGAGGCUUCCUCGGAAGGCCUUUUUGUUUCCCAACCCCGAGCAGAAUAUUUCGAGGCCGCUGAUGAGCCCAUUGAUGAUGGCUCCGGUUACGAAUCGGACGAUGGCCAUGUCAUCAUGGAGGAUGACAAAAUCAGAGUGGAAGAGGUCGUUCAAGAUGACAGGCUUUCAAAAGAACCUGACGAAGCUCAAGAUAGCGAAGGCAGCUUGACGGAUGAUGAUGGCGGCUCCUUUGCUAGCCAAGUCGAAAUGAGUCAAGAUCUGGAAUUGGUCGGAGACGAAGACAGGACAGGGGAUGGAUCAUCAAAACUCGGAGAUGCUGCAGGAUCUGUGCAAUCGGACUUGGGGGUCGAAGAGAUCGUGACCUCUGAUGACGAUGUUGAUAUGAUCGACGUUGAUUCGGCUCACCAGGGCGGGGAUCACGAAGAAAACCAGCCGUCACAGCCUCUUCGGGAAGAAGAGUACAGUGACCUAGUGAUUUCCGCUGCCACGUUCACUGGGACUGUAUCCGAGACUUCUGUUAAGGCUGGGCCAGCCGGCAAUCCUCUCUUGGACGACCAAACUGUGCAGAAGGAGGCACAAACCCAAGCCUCAGCAGGAGUUGAACGAGAGCUCGACGUCCCACAACCCGGCGAGACAGCAGUCAUCAUGCCUAAUGGCGAAAACCACGCCUUCCUCCCCGAGCCCGAGUCACCUGCUAUUCAAUCAUUGGAGCCCGAAAUGGCCGAGCACGAAGUUCCGCCUCCGGCGUCCCCGGAGUCAUCGCGUUCUGUUCCGAGAGGAGUUCAAGAACCGUUGACUCCCUCGCAGAGCCAAUUGGCUGAGGAGAUGAAGCUGUAUGAGGAGCGAAGGGCGAAAACCCCGGAGCUUUUGACCGGGGAUUCAAUUGAGGGCGUACAUUCCAGUCCAAUUGAAGCCCAGUACUGGGGCCAGGAAAGCCCGUCCAUCCGCCGCAAGGUCAUCAGCGGCACCCAGGAUGGUCGCUCGCCGAGGAUGGUUACAGUCAGUGGCACUCAAGAAGAGUAUAGGGCUAUUCCUGAGUCCAGCAUUCCCGCCCAGCCUACAGAUGCGGAUAUGGAGGGGCCUAUUUUGGAUGAUGAGUUGAUUCUGCAUUCUCGAGCCGACCAAGAUGGGCAGGAGCAAGCACUGGCUAAGACUAGUAGCAUAGUCCAACAUGGUCAGGAGCCAGAAUUGAUUGAGCAGCCAGUCAGCACUCCGAAGACGCCCACCCAGGCAACCUUGACCACGGGAGAUCAGUCCGCCCAGGAGGGACAAUCCCUCACUGAGGUGGACGAGUCACAGACGGAACCUCCUUUCGGCUCGCCCUCCCAAGAUAUCAGCAUCCAGCUGGCUCGGCAGGCGGUAGCGGCCAGACGCUCCAAGAAGGCGUCCGAACCGAAGAAAUCAACCGAGCCGCUACGCACAAGCCCUCGUCUUACCCGCGCGCGAUCUAGUAGCCUGCAAACGAACCCCACUCCGGAGAGAGAGGAACCGGACAGCAGCAUCAACCUUGCUAGGGCCGCCCUGGCGUCCCCGUCCAAGGCCGACACUCCUGGAGCGCUCAAAUCGGACCUCACCAGGCGCCUGCGGACCGACCUCCCGGAGUGUGUCCCCCUCAAGUCCCUCCGCAACCACAACGAGAUGUUCCCGAAUGUGGUUGCCAUCGUGACCAGCCACCCCACGCCGGCCACCCGCGCCAAAGGCGGGCCCCGCGAGUACUUCAUGUCGUUCCACGUCACCGACCCGUCGAUGGCGCCCACGGGGGUGGUCGAGGUGCAGUUGUACCGGCCCCACAAGGACUCGCUGCCCGUCGUCAAGCCCGGCGACGCGGCGCUCCUGCAGCGGUUUCAGGUCAAGGCGCUGACCAAGAAGGGAUGGGGGCUGAGGACGCAGUCGGAGUCGGCUUGGGCUGUGUUUGAAGGAGGAGGAGCAGACCAUGCUGCCGGAGAGGGAGAGGGAGACGAGAAGGAGAAGGGUGCGAGCUGGACCGUGCCGCAGAUUAAGGGCCCGCCAGUGGAGGACUAUGAGAACUAUGUCGAAUACGUGGGCCUGUUGAGAAGAUGGUACAGGAGCAUGGUUGCGGAUCCGGCGGCGAGGGCCAAACUGGAGCGGGCGGAUAAAAAGUUGGCUGGGGUUUGA